UUUUACGACAACGACAGCAGAGAAAGCAAAUAUCUUGGUGAAUUAAAAGUAAACUAAUUACAGAAGUAAACAAUAUUCAAGCCAGUAAUAUCAUCGAACGAAUCGUCACACAAAAUAUAAAAUGGCUUCUGUUUCUAAGAUUAUCUAUUUCAUUUCUAUACUUACUGCAAUCGCAUGUAUUAUUGUAUCGAUUGCCACUAAUCCAACAUGGAAUGAUAAUACAAAUAAUUCUUCGUUGAGAGCAAAUGGAGGACUUAGUAUAGCCGGACUGGUUUUGUUAGUAAUAGCAGCUAUCCUUGCAAUUGUUUUGAUUUGCAGAGAUUAUUCCAGAAGAAUAGUGAUCGCAAUACUUGUUUUACUAAUUAUAGCCUUGAUAUGUUUCAUAGUCGCUUUGGCUAUUUAUGGUCAACAGAUUAAUUGGCAAGCAUGGUUAUUAUCAGCUAUGUGGGUAACGUUUAUUUGUAUUCUCAUCGCAAUAAUAUUCUUAUUGGUUGAUGAUUAUUAGAUUGCAAGUAUUGUUAACAGUCUCCAUGGUUUACUUACAUAAAACAAUACAACCUUAUUUAAAUAAAACAAAUGAUUAUAUCCAUUCAUACAAUAAAUUUAUAUAUUUGCUUGUUUAUUCAGAUAACCUGUUUGUUUAUUUACUUUUCUUGCAUAGUUCUAUAAAUUAACUCUCUGGUUUAUUGUAAAUUUUAUUUCACUUUAUCCGACAUUUCUUAAUUUGGCUAAAUACUGUCUCACUAAUUUUGGUUUUUCUUGAAACUUAUUCGUAAGUGAAGGAAGGAUAUGAAUAUAUAGGUAUCCUAAAAUUGGUAAUAUUAUUUUUAUUUUUAGAAGACAAAUGAAUUUCAUUGUUAUUAAUAUGAUACAAAUGUUUACUUAGAUGAUUUGUAGUGUUAUCAUAAACUUUUUAAUUUGUGCCGCCUAUAUUUGUCA